CAAACAAAUUUGAUGUUUUGUUUAACACUUCAAUUUACACCCCACCUCUACUGCAAGGAACCUCUCUUCUUUGGCUCUUCCUGUUUUUCUUCUCCUUUUAAUCUCUCUCUCUCAUCCUAAAAUCCCAGAAUAAUCACACCAACUUAAUUUGGUAAGGUAUCAUGGAUGCCAGAAUUGGGUUAGUAGUUCUGUUAGUUUUGGCUGGGAAUUUGGUGUGUGAUGCUAGAAAUUUGAUGGCUUCAGAUGUUUCAGGUUCAGAAAAUGUUGGUCGGUCUGUUGAUGUCUGCACUCUAUGUGAAGAGUAUACCACAUUGGCUCUUGAUUACCUCAACCAAAACAAGACCCAGAAUGAGGUUAUGGAUUCCCUUCACAAGGCCUGCUUACAGAUGCAUGGUUUGGCACAGCAGUGCACAUUGUUGGUGAAUUACUAUGCUCCGCUUUUCUUUUCGGAGGUUUCAUCAGUUGCACCUGAAGGGUUUUGUAAGAGAGUUGAGCUGUGUAGAAAUGUCAUGGUCUCUUCUUUGCCCGAAAAGAAUAACAAAUGUGAUCUUUGCCAUAAAGCUAUGGAUGAAGCUCUCGAAAAGUUGAAAGAUCCUGACACUGAGCUUGAGGUCAUUCAGAUACUACUGAAGGCAUGUAAUGCUGUAGGGCGCUAUGCGCAGAAGUGUAAAUCCAUGGUUUUCGAAUUCGGACCUCUCGUCCUUGUUGAUGCCACGAAGUUUAUUCAAAGUGUUGAUCUCUGCACCACAUUCCACGCCUGCAGUAGGCACAAUGAGGGAAGAAUUGAAAUGGUCACUUCAUCCUAAAUAUCACGGUGCGAUACUGUAUAAUAUCUCUGAAACAAAGUUUGAUUAACUGAACAAAGCAUGCUUAUGGUAUGUAUAUUUUAAAGCCAAGAAUAUUUCUUGUACACAUAUUCUUCGAUGUUCAAGAUAUUAUCUUUGAAAUGUUAAUAGUUAUGUUAAUUCUUGAUUAGUUUUACUCAGUUUGAUUUCGUAAAGAUAGCAGUUAACAUAUGUUCAUUGUAAUAUAAUUGUUUGGAAAUGUUGAAUACUUAUCAUGGACAUUUGCAGUCUUCUUACUUCUUA